ACGAUAAGAAGGAGAAUCGUAAAAUUAGAUUUUUCUUGUCUGUUUUAGCGAGCAUCUAUAAAUCUGUGUGAAAGCGCUUUUAUUAGUGGCUUCUUUCGCGAAUGCUUUGUGAUGUGUAGCUUUGCUACUUGUUUGUUUUUUGAGGAAUUAUGUUUUUAGAUACGUCUUGGUUUCCCUCCAACAAGAAUUCGGGCAUCAAUACAACCAAAUCUCCAGCUUCAUAUUUUUUUCAAAUCGACUCGCAACGUCGUAUCCCACAUUUUUUAGUAGAAGGACUAAAAAGUGUUGCCAACCGUUCUUCAUUGGUUAACAAUACUUACAUCACAAUCACUACAUUCUUUUCCAUCGUUACAUCUAUCGCAUUUGUAGAAACUUCCUGUGUUUGUUGAGGAACCAACGUAGUCGUAUAUUAGCAAAAUCUCUUCAUCAUCAAGAUCAUAUCUUCACAUUAUCCAAAUCCAAAUCAUCUGAAUCUUCGCUUCCAAACAAACUGUUAGUCUCUGAAGAGCUUUUUCGACCACUCAUUCGUGAUCGUUCUCUCUUCCACAGCUGCGUGUUAGCAGUGAAUCUCUCUCCUAUAACUUUUACUAGAGUAUUAACCUUACAAAAAGAUGGGUUGUGGUGCAUCCAAGGGACCCGAAAUGUCCGCCGAGGGCGCUCCGGCCGCUGCUGCCCCAGCAGCUCCAGCUGCUAAGGCACCGACGCCGAACGAUCCCAACUACCCGCCGAACGGUGUCUGCUCCACCCUGAAGGACCUUCCGGAGUGGAUCAAGGUAACCAUUUAGAGUUCAUAAUUUAGAUUUAGAUUGAUAAGGACAGUAUGAUUAUCACGACAAUGACUGAAGGUCUUGCUGUUCAUGACGAACAUGAAGAUGAUCAACAUUCUAGACCGACUACAUGAUUCCUACAUUCAUGAAAAAAGAUAAAUUCCAAAAAAACCUAAUUUUCCUAAAAAGGAAUAAAAAUGAUUUUUCUAAAAAACCUUAAAUUGUAAUAAAGCUCGGAUGCGGCAGUGCGGAGUACUACUGCGAGGAGAAGGGAGCUACCUUCCCAGGUGACAAGUGCCCGGACGCGCUCCCGGAUUUGUCCAGCCACGGCAACUUGUGCGCUAUGGCUCUCCGUGACAACCCAGAUCUCUAUGAAAAGUACUUAUUGUUAUUUCUAAGGAAUCUAAUCGUAGAAGACGUUGAUCUUUUGUAGCUGUCAUCCUUGCAGUAGAUGUAGACGACGUUGAAACGCUUUUUGAUGAAAUGGGGAGACAAGGUACCUCCAGAUGUUGAGACUCUUUUCUUAAUGAAAUGAGCAAACGUAAACCUUAGGUACAAGAACGUGACGACCAAGGGCGGAGUUACCCUCGCCAAGUGCAUCAAGACCGGUAUUGACAACCCGGGUCACCCGCACAUUAUGACCUGCGGCUUGGUCGCCGGUGACGAGGAGUGCUUCACCACCUUCAAGGACUUGUUCGACAUCGUUGUCGGCAAGCGCAACGGCGACUACCCGGCGGACGCGGUCCACACCACCGACAUGGACGUGAACAAGCUCUCCACCACCAAGAUCGACCCGACCGGCAAGUACUGCCUGACCACUCGUUGCCGUACCGGACGUUCCGUCCGCGGCUUGCCGCUGCCCCCGGCCUGCUCCUUCGAGCAGCGUCGUGAGACCGAACGUGUCAUCGUCUCUGGUCUGCAGAAGAUGACUGGAGAGCUCAAGGGAACUUACCUGCCAUUGAACGGUAUUUACGAACUUCUUUUCAUGUCAUGAAGACAGAUGAAGGAUGAUCAACUUCGAUCUCGAAAAAGUAUACAUGAUGAGUUAGAACUCUUGUUUUUGAUAGCGAGAAAGACGGACGACUACGUACUAUGUAUUACAUAUGAACACAGUAUCAUGAUGAGUUCUCCUUUCUCAAGAAUCUUCCAGUAAGAAUUCAGGUUCCAAGUCUAUGGAGCAUGUCGGUAUCUCUGGCAUGAACCACGCGACCGAGGAGCGUCUCCGUAAGAACGGAAACCUGUUCCAGGAGCCGGAUUCCACUCUGCUUUUGUCUUCCGGUUGCGGUCGCCACUGGCCCGAUGCCCGUGGUAUCUUCCACAACGAGGUACUACUCAUACUAGAUGAGCUACUGCGGGUUUUACAUUUCAUUGACUACAGUAGACUCGAUUUCUUACAAACGUAUUUAGAUUUUUUAGAAUCUUUAGAUGCAGCUGUGGUAAUGAGGUACGCUUUGAUUUAGAUAUCGGAUGUAUUUUGGAUUUUGUUAUGUGCGAAUUGAAACAGGUGGUUGUUGUCUAAUGUUCAACCUCCGUCAACAAUAUUUUAGGCCGAGAACUUCUUCGUGUGGGUGAACGAGGAGGAUCACAUGCGUAUUGUGUCCAUGGAAAAGGGUGACAACAUCCGCGCCAUCUUCAAUCGCUUCGCCAACGCCUGCGCCACCGUCAAGGAGACCUUGACCGCCGAUGGAUACGACUUCAUGCACUCCGAACAUUUGGGAUAGUACUAAAUUCAAAUUUGGAUUCGAUCUUGCAGUGUCGUGCUGAAAUGCAUUGACGUGAUCCUUUUAGUUUUUCAUUUACCAAAUCUAAUGAACAAGAAUUGCAAUGGCAAGAACAUCAACGAGAAGAUGUUGAAAUCAUGUCUUUUACUUUUCUAAAUUCAGCAUCCUGACCUGCCCGUCCAACUUGGGUACGGGUCUCCGCGCCGGUACCAUGGUCACCGUUCCGCUGUUCUCCGCCCGCCCGGACUUCAAGGACAUCUUGAAGAAGAUGAAGCUCCAAGCCCGUGGUACCGCUGGUGUCGACUCCGCCUCCACCGGCGGCACCUGGGACAUCUCCAACGCCGACCGCCUCGGUUACUCCGAGGUCCAGCUCUGCAACCUCUUCAUCGAGGGCGUCGCUCAGGUCAUCCGUUGGGAGCAGAAGUUGGAGGCUGGCGAAGACAUCGAGGCUGAGGUCGCUGACGCCAAGCCGCUCGGCCUGGAUGUCGUUGUACUACCCCCUGAUCAUUGGUCAUUUACUAGAGUACAGAAGGAUAGAGGAAAAGACGCAACAUACUCUCACGGACAAUGGUCGAAGUCAUUAAAAUCAAAACUCUGAUGAUUAGAGUCUAAUCGACGAAGCUAAAUGGGGUUAGCACACACUUCUCAUCAGAAGAUGUGUAGUCAUGAUUAUUUACAGAAAAGUUCUUGAUGAAUUUUACAUGAGAAUCACAGUGAUUACACAGCGAUUUCUUCGUGAAUACUUCUUGUACUUCGAUAAUAUUAUCCGUUUUUCUGGGCCAGCCACACACACACACACAUUACAUCAUGUGCAAAAACAUGCACAAAACUUGAACCGCUGGAUACUCGCAUGACGCAUCCUUGGGUCUUAGUCUUACUAAGUACAACAUUGUAGAAAUGAAGACAACAUAGACUGAAGUCAAGCGGACGGGGUCACUUCAGCGUCUGCAUCCGCAUCGCGGAGGAAUAGAGAAAGUGUGCCAGUGCAGACGAAACUACCCAUUCUGAUUUUCAAAUGUGAUAAACUGUCGACCGCACGACAUUAACAGGGAAGUAAAGAACUACAAAAUUCGAGGCAUACAGGUGAUGUCGUGUGGCUGGUCCCCAAUUUAGAUUUUAGGAGUAGUUCUUCUAGAGGUAGUUCUAAAAAAUCUAAAUAGCCGUAUAAAAUAAUUCUCCUCAAAAUACCAUCACAUCAGGCAUACCCACCGCUCGGCUUGGCCGAGACCAUCCACGGCCUCCCGGACUGGAUCAAGCUCGGUUGCGGUGCCGCUGAGUACUACUGCCCGGAAAAGGGUGCCACGUUCCCCGGUGACAAGUGCCCGGACGUCCUUCCGGAUCUGUCCAGCCACGGAAACUUGUGCGCCAUGGCUCUUCGUGACAACCCGGAUCUCUACGAAAAGUAUUGCUAAGGAAUCAGAUUUACACAACACUUUCAAUUUACACAACACUUUCACAUUCGACUACGUAGCACAUUCCGUUCCUUUUAGACGCAAUCUCCAAGACAAGCUUCUACGGCACGAAGAUUCAUCGUGUUAUUUCGUUGCAGCAACAGCCUUCCUUCAUGUACAACACAUAACCAAAAAAGGUACAAAAACGUGACGACCAGCGGCGGCGUUUCCCUCGCCAAGUGCAUCAAGACCGGCAUUGAUAACCCGGGUCACCCGCACAUCAUGACCUGCGGUUUGGUCGCCGGUGACGAAGAGUGCUUCACCACGUUCAAGGACUUGUUCGACAUCGUCAUCGGAAAGCGCAACGGCGACUACGCCGCGGACGCCGUCCACACUACCGACAUGGACUUGGAGAAGCUCUCCCAGACCAAGAUCGAUCCCACCGGAAACUACUGUACUUUUCUUUACGUGGUCAAUCAAAAUCAUCUUUCUAGUACUAGAUUAGAAUUUCUAAUCUAUCACAAUGAAUUUUUUUUAUUUUUUGAUCAUACGACAUCACAUCAGGCCUGACCACGCGUUGCCGUACCGGUCGUUCCGUUCGUGGCCUUCCGUUGCCCCCGGCGUGCUCCUUCGAGCAGCGUCGUGAGACCGAGCGCGUGAUCGUCAUGGGCCUAAACAAGCUCGAAGGCGAAUUGCAGGGCAAGUACUUCCCACUCAACGGUUCCAAGUCUAUGGAGGCCGAUGGCACCCCAGGCAUGUCCCACGAGAAGGAAGAAUCUCUCCGCAAGAACGGAAACCUCUUCCAGGAGGUACUUUUAGAUUUAGAUUCUUUAGAUUUUUUAGAAAAUAGAUCUUGGAGCUGUCGUCUUAUUUAAAAAAACCUGGUAUUCAUGCAACGACGAUAGGCUAAGUAUCUACUUCUUCACCUACAUCAACAGCCCGAUUCCACUUUGCUCUUGUCCUCCGGAUGCGGCCGACACUGGCCGGAUUCUCGUGGUAUCUUUCACAACGACGCUGAGAACUUCUUCGUCUGGGUGAACGAGGAGGAUCACAUGCGCAUCGUCUCCAUGGAGAAGGGUGACAACAUCAACGCCAUCUUCACGCGAUUCUGCAACGCCACCAAGGCUGUCCAGGAAUGCCUCGAAUCCGAGGGCUACGGCUUCAUGCACUCCGAACACUUGGGAUAGUACUACAAAUAUUUUUUUCGCUUCUUUGGUUGCAAUAGUAUGUUGAGUCUUAAUCUACUGGUCGACACUGGAGGUGAAAAUACUACGACGGUCUAAAGAGGACAUCAACAUUUGUUUCUCAAACACUUUCUCAGAAUGAAUUUUUCUCUCGCAAAAUUACUUAUACAGCAUCCUGACCUGCCCAUCCAACUUGGGUACGGGUCUUCGCGCUGGAACGAUGGUCAAGCUCCCGUUGUUCUCGGCACGCAAGGACUUCAAGGACAUCCUGAAGAAGAUGAAGCUCCAAGCCCGUGGUACCGCUGGUGUCGACUCCGCCUCCACCGGCGGAACCUGGGAUAUCUCCAACGCCGACCGCCUGGGUAUGUCCGAGGUGCAGCUCUGCAACUUGUUCAUCGAGGGUGUCGCCCAGAUCAUCAAGUGGGAGCAGGCUCUCGAGGCUGGCGAGGACAUUGAGGCCGAGGUCGCGGAUGCCAAGCCGCUCGGCAUCUAAGUCGCUACAUCAGUCAGUAGAUGGAACUGAGAUGAUACUUAGAUUAUGAGAAGUGAAAAACUACUGGUCAACUUGACGAUUUAGAAUUUUUAGACAAAAAACAGGUAUAAAAUAUAGAAGAUGAGGAGAGUAAAUAUUUUUAAACUACAAAUUGAAGAUAAUACGUUGUAGAUAGUAUACUAGUACUACGAGAGUGGUACGAGAGGACCAAGAAAGCAACUGCUGCAUGAUCAAUACGUCUUUAUCGCUAGAAGAAAGAAUUUGAAUGAGGAGGAAGAAAGAGUGCCUUGGGUGAUGCUAAUGUAAGAAGAACCAAGGCUGUUGGAAGUCUACUGGUGAACUAUACAUAGUCGCUCAAGGGAUACCCUUUUUUUUAGAUAGAGAAAUUAUUAUACCAAACGGACUUCAAUUGUUGAGAAAGUCAAGUAAUAGAUGAGAAGACGAUAUCCCAAGAAGACGGUUGUUAAUAACCAAAGAGCCUGUUAGUACUUGUAGAUAUUGUGAGCCGGCAGGCGUUUUCCAUUGUCUUUGCCGGUGUGACGUUGUCGAGAUGAGUAGUUCUUUCUUCUUUCUCCGCGCGAGAAAGUAGAGUAGAGUCUUACUGCGCGCAUGCUGAGACCUCCCUCUUGCUACAACAUCUUUGUGCUCUUUCGCUCGUUUACUCGAUCGUUGGUGUCAAGGAUGGUAGCUCAUGUUUAUGAUUCGGUAUGAUUGAUCACGCUCCCGUGAAUCAUUGCACAGCAACCUCCGAUGGAAUAUCAUACCUACGGAAUGUACUGCACAGGUCCCUACCUCUACAUGAGCAUGUUACUCUUGAAGAAGCAGAUUUAGAACUUACUACUACAUGGUGAUAGUGUGAGAACAGUACUAGUACACUUUGAUGAUGAUACGGUCGAUGUUUAUACAGUCGAAUCGGCUCAGGAAAAGGCAGCGCCAUAGCGUAUCUUUUUGUGAUACACAUAGAGACUCAACAUUUCAGAUAGAUAUUUCUCGGAUUUGGAAAGAUGCAUUGGCAUACCGACAAGAUGAGCGAGAAAUUGCUGUAGUCUCUGCACCAAAUAGGUAUAAAAAUUUUUGAGUACAAGGACCAUCGCAUGUGAUUGCGCAGCUACGCAUCCGUUAUCGGAAGUACUCAACAAUAUUCUUAGUACCCCAUCAGAGAAGACUUUGCAGCCAUAGCACUGCGACAGAUUUGAAAUUUGAGCAGCAUCAAUCAUGCACCACACGGACAAACAAGCAAAACAUGGGGAAAAUGAUCUACAUCAACAUUCACUUCAAUUGAAAAAAUUCGAAUUAUUUCAUGAAAUAUUUUAGAUUUACAAGAAAUUCUUCAAGAUAUUAUAUGGGAAACAUAUUAAAUAAGAUUCAUCUUAUCUUAUCUUCAUUACGAUGGGAAAAUAAAGUCACAAUACUAUGGAUUUGUUAUCUUGUGUACCCAGAUUUGUUGUAUCGUCUUUCUGGCAAGAAGCUACAUCAAGACCAGUUGGAGGAUUAUAGCCUUUCUGUUAAAGCAAGAUAAGUUGCCAAUUCGGAACCUACUUCUUCAUCUCUUGCUAUAUGUUGUAUCCUUUGGAUGUGCUGCAGCAGGAGAAUGAAGUAGAGGCCCAUUCCUAGGGCAACUACACGGGCAGGGUUCAAAACGAACCCGGAGGGCUCAGGGUCACUGUAUAGACUUUGUCGACUUGAGAAACACAAACAUCAUAUUGUGCGCGCCAUACAACACCAUGCAUUCAUGGUUGACAAAGGACAUACAUCAUCCAUCUAGAAGAACGAUUAAUAUGGCAGGACGACCUCGACAGGUAAGAGGGAAGAAGUCCUUUCCUUUGGGUGGCUAUUCGAAUCGCAACGAGUCGUGC